GAUCCUCCUGACGUCAGCCAUACUGUUAGCCAGCCAUCUUUUCUGAGGCGGCAGUGCAGCAAUUUCCAGCUUAGAUAGUACUUCGGAGUGCCAGUGCCAGACGCCACAAUGUCAGCCCCAGCAUACAGUGGAGGAGUUGCAUCAGGUUCAAGUAGCCUAGAUUCAGGAGGACAACCUGUCAAUAUCACCAGCAACAGAAGGGUGCAACAGUCACAGGCAGAAGUUGAUGAGGUGAUGAACAUCAUGCGAGUUAAUGUGGACAAAGUUCUGGAAAGAGACCAGAAGUUGUCGGAGCUUGAUGACCGCGCUGAUAAACUGCAAGCCGGUGCCUCACAGUUUGAAACAAGUGCCGCCAAGCUAAAAAGGAAGUACUGGUGGAAAAACUGCAAGAUGAUGAUCAUCCUUGGCGGCAUUGGCGUACUUGUCCUGAUUAUCAUUCUAGUUUACUUCUGCACCUGAAGAAAUAAAUGACAGAACGGGUGUUGUGUCACUCACAGUUCCAGAUAUCCACCAUGUAUCUACUUAUGCACUAUCGCUGCUUUGUAAGCCCUAGUGUUUUGAUUGUGCCAAAAAAGUGAAUGUUACUCUAGUGUUGUCAUUGUUAUGAAAUGUUUUAUUUUGCCACAGUAGCAGCUGAAUACAGUCACAUAGAUCCACACAUUAGUGUUCAGAUAUUUCUUACCGAUAUAUGCUAUGGUGACCUUCAAAACACGUAAGGACUUCUAUGGUGACAGAAUACACUCCAUCACAAUCUAGGUAAAAAACAAACAGAAAAAAAAUCUGUACUGUCAAAAGUUAUUAUGCAAAGCAUUUGUUCAAAAAAUAGCAUAGCUUGAAACUGUGCUAUUCUUACUGCAAUCUGGAUUAUCAAAAGUUUAUUUGAUUCUGUGAAUGAGUAAAAAUAUAAAAUGAACUAUGUAACACUGCUGCAAUAUAUUGUAAAGUACAAUUUUUGAAGUGUUAUCAUUGACAGAGAAUGACCGCUGUGUAGCAGUCCAAUGUGUGUGUGUGUGUGUGUAUAUAUAUAUAUAUAUAUA